AUGGGUCUUUGUAUCGCUACCACUAUACCAAAACUAUGUAAAUUUAUUAGUGAUGAAAAGAAUGGUACUACCAACACAUGUGAAUCAUACGCGGGGUAUUCCGGUGCUUACCGAAUUUGUUUUGGAUUUACAAUUUUUCAUGUUAUCAUGUCUCUAAUACUGUAUCGUGGCGGAUUUUUAUUUAUUAUUAUACAAAUGAUAUUUUUGAUUGAUUUCAUCUACACUGUCAACAAUAGAUGGUUGGAAAAAGCCUAUGAUGGAAAAAAUAUCUUUCGAUAUCUUUUAAUAUCAUCGUUUGUGGGUCUCUACUUGUUGACAAUUGGCUUGACAAUUGUUUUAUUCUAUGUAUACGGUCAUUCAACAAAAUGUUUACCAAAUCAGAUUUUUAUUGGUAUUAAUAUUGGACUGUGCAUCAUCAUCUCUAUUGUGUCUAUCUUACCAGCAGUUCAAGAACGUCUAACGUCAAGUGGCCUUCUACAAGCAUCAUUUAUUACAUUUUAUAGUACAUUUUUAGUCUGGUCAUCCGUUACGAGUAAUCCAUCUAAAGAAGCUCCAGAAUGUAAUCCAAGUAUUGUAUCCGCUGUUAGUGUAUCAAAAGAUGCUCUUAGACAAGAAUCUUUACCAAAAGAUUAUGUUUCAACAGCAAAUAUCGUUGGUCUCGCAAUAUUUUUCUUAACACUUUUAUAUUCAACAUUCAGUACAUCAGCACAAAAGUUUACUCGACCUAGAAAACGAACUGAAAAUGAAAAUGCAGCUGUUACACCUUCUCAAAUACCAGUCGCAGAAACCGAUUCAAUUUCAACAGUAAUAUUGACACCAGUUACAAGAGUUCAAGUUCAAUCGUCUGCACAUGUCAGUCGUUUUGUAACAGACUAUGAAGAUGAGAUUAUUGUUGAUUAUUCUUACAGUUUUUUCCAUUUUGUCUACGCACUUGCCUCAUUAUAUGCCAUGAUGACUUUAACAAAUUGGUAUCAACCUAGCCAGUCACUACAAUAUUUCAAUAUGAGUUCGCCAGCAUAUUGGAUCAAAAUUGCUUCCUCAUGGAUCUGUAUCUUUCUUUAUUUAUGGACAUUAAGUGCGCCAUUUGUACUUCGAAAUAGAGAUUUCUCCACAUAA